AUGAGAGCAUUAGAAUUUAUUAGAGAACCGGUAAAAAAAUCAGUAGCAAGAUGCUUUUACCGCCAAAACAUUAUUACCGAAGACCAACUGAAAAAAAUAUUGACAGGAAGAAAUAUGAACGAAGCAAUGGGCAUUUUUCAGGAACCAGCAACAGAAGAACAACCAAUCGGAGGAGAUAAGAUUUGUAAGCCUGUAAAUGUUGAUGGAUCUAAUGCCUCAAAGAAUCACGUGACUAGCCGGGUUAGUCCAACCCGAAGUCCGGACCUUGUUGUCGACCUGCCUCUAGAAAUUGAGCUUAGGCUCAAGAAGACCAAGAACCAGAAAAGAUGA